AGGGGGGCUGCGCUGGUCCGCGAGGCGAGGUUAAGCCUCGAAAGGCAGAUUUUCUCAGUUCGUAAUGGGCACAAAGGGUUGCUUCUAAUAGUUUCUUAGGAAAGCGUAGGAUCGCCAGACCGCCUCUCCCGCUUUCCCUAUCGCAGUAAAUGGUUGCGUGGCUGAGACGAUUGAAGUGUUUUAAAAACUAGAUGCGCCCGGGAUGCUGUCAUAUUGUCGGUUUAAGCGACUCUGGGAUUUUUUUUUUUUUCCCUCAUUAUUGGUGUAAGGACUCGAAAAAUGGGUUUUUCUAGCACGAGACACAUAGUGGAUUUAUGUAGGUUUUCAACAUUGAAGUGAUCUGAUUUCAGCGGGCGAUGUGGUCUUGCAAAGAAACGGACACUUGUGCACGUGCUGGACAGCUGAACUAUUCAGUUGGAGCUGGUUCUCUAGGCUCAGCUGACUGCUCUUUAAAAUUCCUACUAGACCUUGUGGAGGUUGUAUUCUUAAUUGAUAAGCAGUGAUGAGAGCUGAUUUUUAAUACUCUAUCCCGUCGCAAGUUUUCGUUGCAAUUACUGUAAAUUCUUCUUUGUCUAGAUGAAAAGCAGUACUUGGUACGAUAACAUACUGUUUAAAGUAUUAAUACCUGUUGGUUCGUGUGUAUGAUAUACACAUAAUCAUAAUUUUAUACCCAUUUACUUUGACUCUAAAGUUGGAAAAUUAGGAGCAGUAAUAAUGAGCAAUGUUGAACAGUGAUUGUUUGCCAAGCCUAUGCCAAAUGAUCUACAUGAUUUAUCUCAAUCUUAAGGGAUAGCUUUUUGCAUAAAGCAUAGGUUGCUAAAAAAUACUUGAAUACCUGCUUGAUUUAAAUGUGUCCAAAUGUGGAAUGUGUACAUUAAAUAUUUAUGUUUCUGCUUUUGUGAAAUAAGGGUGUUGGCCUAUAAAACGACCCAGGGCAUAAAUUAAUGUGUUUUUUGAAGUUGGAAGAUGGCUUUACAAAUGCAUAAUACUGUAAUUAGCUGGGUAUUUAGUCAUUUCCACAUCCUUGUGUCUUGUUUAUCCUAGUUUCCAUUACUUAACGCUGUCACCCAAUAAAUAAGGCUAUGCUAGAACACUGGAAAAAGGUAAUGUAGGGAGUCUUAAGGGCUCCUUCUGAAAGGCCCCCCUUUCUGUUUGUAGUUUCUAAGUGCUGUUCCUGACUAAGGGUAAACCAAUUACCUCAUGAAAAAUGAAGACUAAUUCCCAGUGUGAAAACAAGGAAAUGAAAAACAGUGGAGUUUAUAUUACCUUGUUGAUGAGUCUGCCAUAUGAAUGCUAGAUUAUCGACAUUGUAGGGGCUCUGCCUAUUUUUUCAGUUUGGUUUUAUCUUAAACAUAUGGUUUCAAGUUCAUUACUCUGCAUUAAGAUCCUAAGUUUUGAAUUGGAUUUUAUUAAGUAGUUUUGACUUCCUUGAUAAGUAUUUUGAUUGUGUCUUCAAAAGUGGAAUUUAAUGAUUUAUAUAGGCAUAACGAUGAAAGUAAUGGUGGGGUCUAACAUUUUGCAUCUUGUGAGAGUAGGAGGAGUUGAAAACACUGGAGGGGAUGAAGGAAGUGCUUGGAAAUGUGACUCAUUUAUGAUUGGUGCCUAUAGGACUUAACCUAUCUUCUGAUUCUAGUGGAGAGGAAAAGGUUGAGAAUGCUCUGCCAGUCAGUAUUUAUAAAAAGGUUUCUUUACCUAAAGGCAUCCUUUUGGAGGAGGAAAUGAGUAGAGAGUUGUCCACUAAGGAAGGCUAUAAGAAGAAAAAGACGCAUGUGUUUUCUUUUGGAAUGAAUACUGAUUCUUGCCACCUCAUGCAUCUUUAGGCACUAGUGGAUGAAGAAGGGAAAAGGAGCAUACAAUCAUACCAUUAAUAGACUUUCAAUUGAUCAAAACAGAAAUUGAGGCACAGCAAGCUUGUCUUGGGCAGUAGAAAACAAUAUUGGGGCCAGGAGACUUCUUCAAUGCAAGUAAUAUUUCUUUGAUGGGGACUAAACGUAAAAUUGUUCCUUUGAUUUGGUGACAAACCUGGAAUGAAGUCUUUGAAGCCAUGUGGAACUUGAUGAGGGCCUCCAAGGAAGCUCCAGCAAGAUGAAGAAAAGUAGUAUUCUCUGAAAGCCCAGUUGUAUAUCCCUUUUGUUGGGACAACAUUAUUUGGAGGGUUUUGGGCAUCAACAGAGUUACUGAAUCAAAAUGACUCCACAGAUAGGGGAGUGUGUGUAUAUGUAUAUAUAUAUAAAUAUAUCAUCACACCACUGUCCAGGAAGACGUGUCCUUGAAGAAGCAUAGCACAAACCUGGUCAGAGCAGCCGAGGAGGACACACGCUCAGCAGGUGUCUUACCUGGGAAGCAGCACAAUUUAACUCCCUUGUCAUCUUUGCUUAUGAGAGAGAUUCCCAGUUUCAGCAUGUCCUCAGUAGAGACCAAAAAAGCAGGCUUGUUCCUUCAAGAAGUCUCCUAAAACCCCUGGAGCAGCCAUUUCCAGAAGAAAAUAAUGUGUCAGAUGCCUGUGAAUGGACUAUCUAACCAAGUGACUCAAUAAGAUAUUCAUGGAAGAAUGGUAAAAAAAACUGAAGAAAAGGAGGAGACAUCACAGCUUUCCCAGACUGGGAGUUAAAAUAUGGAAUGUGUUUUACUGCUGACUGAACACAACCAAAUGAACUGUACUGACAGUAGUUUGAAAACCAGCAGUUAGCAGUUUGUUCAGGCUCUAACAUUAUCCAGCACUUUCCAGAGCAAACUCACUGUUUACAAGAACUCUCGGCCUUACGACGUUUAUAACCUCAAGCUUUGUUUAUUUAAAAUAUUUCUGCAAAAGAAAAGUACCCGGAGCCCCUUUCCAAAAUGGCUAUGGAUGAGUAUUUGUGGAUGGUCAUUUUGGGUUUUAUCAUAGCUUUUAUCUUGGCAUUUUCUGUUGGUGCAAAUGAUGUUGCCAAUUCAUUCGGUACUGCUGUGGGCUCUGGUGUGGUGACCUUGAGACAGGCAUGCAUUUUGGCUUCGAUAUUUGAAACCACCGGCUCAGUAUUACUGGGAGCCAAAGUAGGAGAGACCAUUCGAAAAGGUAUCAUUGAUGUGAACCUAUACAACGACACAGUAGAAACACUAAUGGCUGGGGAAGUUAGUGCAAUGGUUGGUUCAGCUGUUUGGCAGCUGAUCGCGUCCUUCCUGAGACUUCCGAUCUCAGGCACUCACUGCAUUGUUGGCUCUACUAUAGGAUUCUCACUUGUUGCAAUUGGUACCAAAGGUGUGCAGUGGAUGGAACUUGUCAAGAUCGUUGCUUCAUGGUUUAUAUCUCCACUGUUGUCUGGUUUCAUGUCUGGUGUGCUAUUUGUACUGAUCAGAAUUUUCAUCUUAAAAAAGGAGGACCCUGUUCCCAAUGGCCUCCGGGCACUUCCAGUGUUCUAUGCUGCUACAAUAGCAAUAAAUGUAUUUUCCAUCAUGUACACAGGAGCACCAGUGCUGGGCCUGGUCCUUCCCGUGUGGGCCAUCGCGCUCAUCUCCUUUGGGGUAGCACUGCUCUUCGCCGUUUUUGUGUGGCUCUUUGUGUGUCCGUGGAUGCGGAGGAAAAUAACAGGCAAAUUACGAAAAGAAGGUGCUUUAUCACGAGCCUCUGAUGAAAGCCUCAAUAAAGUUCAGGAAGUGGAGUCCCCAGUAUUUAAAGAGCUACCAGGUGCCAAGACUACUGACGACAGCACGGUUCCUCUCACGGGGUCAGCUGGGGAGACCCCUGGGACCUCAGAAGGCACAUCAACGGUAAACCAUCCCAGGGCCUCCUACGGAAGGGCGCUCUCCAUGACCCACGGCUCCACCAAGUCACCCAUCUCCAACGGCACCUUCGGCUUCGACGGCCACACGAGGAGUGACGCGCACGUGUACCACACCGUGCACAAAGACUCGGGGCUCUACAAAGACUUGCUGCACAAAAUUCACACGGACCGGGGCCCGGAGGAGAGGCCCGCCCAGGAAAACAACUACCGGCUGCUGCGGCGGAACAACAGUUACACCUGCUACACGGCUGCCAUCUGCGGGCUGCCGGUGCACUCGGCCUUCAAAGCUGCCGACUCGUCGUCGGCACCGGAGGACAGUGAAAAGCUGGUGGGCGACACUGUGUCCUAUUCGAAAAAGAGACUCCGCUAUGACAGCUACUCCAGCUACUGCAACGCGGUAGCAGAGGCCGAGAUCGAGGCAGAAGAGGGAGGCGUGGAGAUGAAGCUGGCCUCAGAGCUCACAGACUCAGACCAGCCUCGGGAGGACCCUGCAGACGAGGAGAAGGAGGAGAAAGACACAGCUGAGGUCCACCUCCUCUUCCAUUUUCUGCAAGUCCUGACGGCCUGUUUUGGAUCCUUUGCUCACGGCGGCAAUGAUGUGAGUAAUGCCAUUGGUCCCCUGGUAGCUUUGUGGCUGAUUUAUGAACAAGGCGCAGUCCUGCAAGAAGCAGUUACCCCUGUCUGGCUGCUGUUUUAUGGAGGAGUUGGAAUUUGCACAGGUCUCUGGGUUUGGGGGAGAAGAGUAAUCCAGACCAUGGGCAAGGACCUCACUCCUAUCACACCAUCCAGCGGCUUCACCAUUGAACUGGCCUCGGCUUUCACAGUGGUGAUGGCCUCCAACAUCGGGCUUCCUGUCAGCACCACACACUGCAAGGUGGGCUCCGUGGUGGCCGUGGGCUGGAUCCGCUCCCGGAAGGCUGUGGACUGGCGCCUCUUCCGAAACAUCUUUGUGGCGUGGUUUGUGACUGUCCCCGUGGCUGGGGUAUUCAGUGCUGCUAUCAUGGCUCUUCUCAUGUACGGGAUCCUUCCAUACGUGUGAUCUGUCUUCUUCCAGCCAGUAACUAAGGAAAGGGGUGGUCUGGUGCGGGUCUGUGUGGGAGGGGUGUCUUGCCCGUGUCCCUUCCACAUGAUUCCACACCACACUGCUCACCGAGGCUGUGGGAUCAUCCUCCAGAGCUAACUUAACUACUGUACAUAAUCAUGUGCAUUAAACUGGUAUCUUGGUGAUAUAACGUGGUGCAGUUACUUAUAUAUUAAAUAUAUAUUGUAUACAUAGAAUAGGUAGCAUUAUUUCAUAUUCAGAAUGGGAGUGGAGAUAUUUGCCUAGAGUAUUCAGCAAAUCUUUGUACAUAAUGAUUUUAGUGGCAAAUUUUACGACCCUUUUAAAAGGAAAAUAUAGAUUGGAAGUGGUAUUUUCCCCAUUUAAUAUACUGUAAGAUAAGUGAGAUACAAGAUGGCGGAUACACAUUUGGGAAGGUGUACACAUGGUUACUGUUGAAUAAUACUGGAACAGGAGUUCACAAGUGCUUUCACUGAAGAAUUUGUUUAUAUAAUGUGUAUUGAUUAUUAUGUAAUAUAUCAUAAUUGCUUCUGUAAAUACUUAAAACUGUAAUUUUUUAAUGGUGUGCUUCCCUUAUACUUUUUUGAUCAGAGAAUUUUGGAAAGUACCAAAGAAGCAGGGGAAUAGUUUGCCAGUAUUAUAUUUUCAUAUUGUAUGUUUCCCCUUCUCAUUAAUCCUACCAUUAACCUGGGAUGUAGCUAGACCACUGUGCCCCGGCCUGCCCAGAGCAGUAGUGUGUGGGGUGGGGCACUGCCCCCCAUCAUGUGCACAUCCCACUCGGAGUUCCCCACCCCACCCAACCCACCACUGCUGCCACUUGCCGGAUACUGGUAGCCCUGCAGUGGCCCUUCAUUGCUGUCAAGAGUAGAGAAUGCACAGCGUAAGGACACGUGAUCAAGCACUACAUAUAAAGUCCAGUUGAAAUGUCCACCCCUCUCCCUCCCCGGCAGUCUGAACAGCAGAAUUUGUCUCAAACAUUCAAGUGAGUGCUUUAACAUUCUGGAUAUCUGGGAGGGGGAUGAGGGGAUCUGAGAGGAUACAGUGGAUUUGAGGAUUUCUUGGAGGCCUUUACUAAGCUGACAGCCUGAUGCUCUACUGUAGUCCCACUGGAUUCUCUUCUUUGUUAAUAGCGGGAGGGAGGAAGUAUGACUAAUGUUAGAGCCUGAAACUAUGGAAAUGCUGCUAAAAUUUUUAUAUUGACAAACAUUUUCUUGGUACUUCAUUGUGAUUUUUCAUUAAUCAACCAUAUUAAAUUUAUAAUAAAAAAUGUCCCUCAAGAGUUUGCCUCAGAAGUUUUUUCUCUAAAUGUAU